UCAUGCUGCUGCCAAGUCCAGAGUCUCUCAUGGGUCCCUGUACGGUGCUCCCAUUGCUGCUGUCUGCCCAUCGCCACACUCUGCCAUGUGCCACUUUCAGGUCUCCUCACACCUGCUGGUGUGUUCCAUUUUUUUGUCAUAGGGUGCUGGCAGAUUACGGGCCCUUCUCCAUUGCUGCUGCCAGGCCCCUAAUCUGCCAUGGGCCCCUGUACCGCCUCCUCAUUGCUGCUGCCAGGUCCAGAGUGUCUCAUGGGUCCCUGUACGGCCUCCAUUGCUGCUGUCUCCAUCGCUACACACUCUGCCAUGUGCCACUUUCAGGUCUCCUCACACUGCUGGUGUGUUCCAUUUUUUGU